AGACGAGUUAGGCAAAGGCUCCAUCUGGGCAUGCCAUAUCCUGUUAAACGAGCUAUCCAGAAGCAGGCGACUGAUCUCUGGCUAAAGAAUUUCCAAAUAUUGGAUGAAGCUAUAAUGCCUCAAUAUCCAAAUUUUAAAAAAGACGCACUAUGGUUAAAAAAUUAUUUUCAGGAACAACAGAAGAGAAAAAAACUACCACCAUAUAAACAAUUCAACAUAUAUAAAAAAUACUUAGGGAAAGUGACUGAAAAUUCGACUUCAGUUGCAACCUGUGAACAUCUUGUUGAACUUAGUAAGUCAGUUGGAUUCAUGGCAUGGGACAAUAAUGGAAACACAGGCACUGCAACUUGCUUUGUCUUCAGGGAUAAUUAUAUCUUCACCUGUCGACAUGUUGUACAUCUUUUGGUGGGAAAUGACACAGAUCCAAGUUGCUGGCCAAAUAUAAUAAGCAAAUGUGCAAAGGUAACUUUUUCCUACAAAGAAUUCUGCCCAGUUGGUGUUGACUGGUUUUCCUUUGAGCCAUGGCUUGAAGUGUCUGAUGAAACUCUAGAUUAUGCCAUAUUAAAGUUAAGAGAAAAUGGAAACGGAUUUCCUGCAGGCCUAUUUGGACAAAUGUCCUCUCCACCAUCUAAUGGGUUGAUUUAUUUAAUUGGUCACCCAGAAAGCCAGGUCAAAAAAAUAGAUGGUUGUGCUGUCAUUCCUCUAAAUCAACGUUUAGGGAGGUACUCAGAGCUUCUCCAAAAUGAGGUGGCAGGACCUCAUGCUGCCACCUAUAAUACUUGCCCUAUGUUUACCCAAAGAAGUUUCCUAUCAGAGGCUUGGUGCACAGACACAGUUAGUUAUGAUACUUAUUUUUCUAGUGGGUCCUCUGGCUCCCCAGUGUUUGAUGCAUCUGGCAAAUUGGUUGCUGUGCAUACCUUCGGGCAUUUUUAUAAACGUGCAGGUAUAGUUCAUGCCCUUAUUGAAUUUGGUUGUUCUAUGGAUGCAAUUCUUUCUGAUAUUGAACAAAAAAAGGAGAUCUUGUACAAUUUAUUAACUGAAAAGAAAAAUGAGAACCACAAUGAAGACAGAAAUAAACAGUUGUCACUUAAAGAU